ACAUGCAUCGAUCCUUCACAAACAACAAUCCAUCUCUCCAUUCUCUCCUGUCGACUCUCUACUCUGCCUUCUCCCCUUUUCUGAUCAAAACCCAGCUGUAAGGAGGUGAGAUCAUCGUCGUCUUCUGCUUCUUUAUCUUCAGUUUCAAGAGAGCUGAAGUUAUAAAUCCAGCAGUGAAGAAUUCUGUUCAAGCUCCUGCAUUUUUGUUAUUGGAGUUGGGCAACGUGCUUCCGGUUUUCCCCUUCAGUAAACGAAGUGCCGUGAAACACAUCCAUCAUGAGGUUUAAUGCAAUUUUUGUAGACGGGUCUAUGGUGGAUUCUUGUUCGCAAUAAUGGGUUGUGCUUAUUCAAUAGAUUGUAACUGUAUUGGUGAUAUAUGUGCACCUAGAGAUGGUAAAGUAAAAGAAACUGAUAAUGUUGGUGCAUCUGAAAUUGGUGUGUUUUCGCCUAAAUCUUCUUAUAAAGAAGAUGAUGGAGAAGGAAAUCAGCCGUCGAAUCCUGAAGUGGGUAUAACUAGGCUAAGAAGGGUUUCGUCACAGUUUCUACCGCCUGAUGGCUCUAGAAUUGUUGUCAUUCCAGCAGGAAAUUACAGACUACAGUACUCAUAUCUAUCUCAGAGAGGGUUCUACCCUGAUGCUCUUGAUAAAGCCAACCAAGAUAGUUUUUGCAUUCACACGCCAUUUGGGUCGAAUCUUAAUGACCAUUUCUUUGGGGUUUUCGAUGGUCAUGGGGAAUUUGGGGCUCAGUGCUCACAGUUUGUGAAGCAAAGAUUGUGUGAAAAUUUGCUUAGAAAUAGCCGGUUUCACACUGAUCCAGUUGAGGCAUGUCAUGCUUCCUUUUUGACAACAAAUUCUCAGUUACACGCGGACAACAGUAUAGAUGAUAGUAUGAGUGGGACAACAGCAAUUACCAUAUUGGUCCGUGGGAAGACACUCUAUGUUGCCAAUUCUGGUGACUCAAGAGCUGUUAUAGCUGAGAGGAGAGGAACGGAAAUUGUGGCUGUUGACUUAUCUAUAGAUCAAACUCCAUUUAGAGAGGAUGAGCUUGAAAGGGUUAAACUUUGUGGGGCCAGAGUUCUUACUUUGGAUCAGAUCGAAGGUCUGAAGAAUCCAGAUGUGCAGUGUUGGGGCACUGAAGAAGGUGAUGAUGGUGAUCCUCCUAGAUUAUGGGUCCCAAAUGGGAUGUAUCCUGGCACAGCUUUUACAAGAAGUAUUGGUGAUUCUAUUGCCGAGACAAUUGGUGUUGUUGCUAAUCCAGAAAUUGUUGCAUUGGAACUCACACCAGAUCAUCUGUUCUUUGUGAUUGCUAGUGAUGGGGUCUUUGAGUUUCUUUCCAGUCAAGCUGUGGUUGAUAUGGUUUCAAACUUUACGGAUCCACGUGAUGCAUGUGCUGCAAUUGUUGCUGAAUCUUAUCGGCUGUGGUUACAAUUUGAGACCCGAACAGAUGAUAUUACUGUAAUUGUGGUGCAUAUAAGUGGAUUGACUGGGGCUACAGUUGGUCAAGCAGCCAUUUCAAGCACUGCUUUAAGACCCCCCAUACCUCAAGUUGUAGAAUUGUCAGGAUCAGAGUCUCCAACAAUGAGCUGGAAUGCUAAAAACCAGCGAGUAAGGACUGAUAUAUCACGGACACGGCUCCGAGCAAUCGAAAGUUCUUUAGAGAAUGGGCAAUUGUGGGUCCCUCCAUCUCCAGGCCAUAGAAAAACUUGGGAAGAAGAAGCACACAUCGAACGCGCGUUGCAUGAUCAUUUUCUUUUCAGAAAACUUACUGACUCCCAGUGUCAUGUUUUGUUGGACUGUAUGCAAAGAGUUGAAGUUCAAGCAGGAGAUACUGUGGUGAAACAGGGUGGAGAGGGUGAUUGUUUUUAUGUUGUUGGAAGUGGUGAAUUUGAGGUCUUUGCAACACAGGAAGAGACAAAUGGAGCGGUGCCAAGGGUUUUACAGCGGUAUACAGCGGAAAAAUUGUCAUCCUUCGGCGAGCUAGCACUGAUGUACAAUAAGCCCCUACAAGCUUCUGUUCGUGCGGUGACAAAUGGAACCCUCUGGGCUCUAAGAAGAGAAGAUUUUAGAGGAAUUCUUACUUCAGAGUUCUCAAAUUUAUCAUCAUUGAAGUUAUUGCGCUCCGUAGAUCUUCUCUCAAGGUUGACAAUCUUACAACUCAGUCUCAUUGCUGAUGCUCUUUCUGAAGUUUCCUUCUCCAAUGGACAGACAAUAGUUGAUAGGGGUAAUGGUCUUUUGGGACUGUAUAUGAUCCAGAAGGGUCAAGUGAGGAUCACUUUUGACUCAUAUAUUAGAAGUCAAAAUGCGUCCAGCCUCAUGGCUGAUAUUCAAAAACUGGAUGAUGACAUGCAAAGUGGUACAGAGCUUUCGAUGGACAAGAGUGAGGGGAGCUAUUUUGGAGAAUGGACACUCUUCGGUGAAUGCAUAGACUCUUUACAUGCCGUUGCUGUAGGCAACGUGGUAUGUGCUGUUUUAACAAAGGAAAAGUUUGAAUCAGUGGUUGGUCCUCUGCCAAAGAUCUUACAAGAUGAUUACAGGUCAAGAGAAACUUCUAGUGAUCUUCCACGGGAGCCCAUCAGAAAUAUUGAUCUGUCUUUGCUUUCAAAAGUUCAGCUUUCUGAUUUGGAAUGGAAAACAUGUUUAUAUUCCACGGAUUGCUGUGAGAUUGGGCUUGUGCAGACAAAGGAUUCAGAACAUUUCUUUAGCUUAAAAAGAUUUUCAAAACAAAAGAUCAAGAAACUUGGGAAGGAAGAACAGGUUUUAAAGGAGAAGAAACUAAUCAAACACAUAAAUGCAUCUGCUGGUGUGCCACAAGUUCUAUGUACUUGUGCCGACCAAACUUACGUUGGCAUACUUUUGAACACUCUCAUCUCCUGUCCUAUUGCUUCCAUACUUCACUCUCCACUUGAUGAGCCAUCUGCUCGCUUCUGUGCUGCCUCUGUCAUAAUAGCCUUGGAAGAACUACACAAGGCUGGCAUUCUCUACAGAGGUGUCUCACCAGAAGUUCUAAUGUUUGCCCAAACAGGACAUGUACAGCUAGUUGAUUUCAGAUUCGGAAAGAAGUUAUCCAGCGAGAGAACGUUUACAAUAUGUGGGAUGGUCGAUUCUUUAGCUCCAGAAAUAGUCCAAGGGAAAGGCCAUGGUUUUGCUGCGGACUGGUGGGCAUUAGGCGUGUUGAUCUACUUCAUGUUACAAGGUGAGAUGCCAUUUGGUUCGUGGAGAGAAAAUGAACUUGAUACCUUUGCAAAGAUUGCCAAAGGACAAUUCACUCUCCCUGAAACUUUCAGCCCUGAAGUUGUUGAUCUCAUCACAAAGUUACUGGAAGUGGAUGAAAGUGAAAGACUUGGAAGCAAAGGCGCAAGCUCUGUGAAAAGUCAUAGGUGGUUUGACGGUCUGAAUUGGGCAAGUGUAAAGGACGGUAGUUGUGCAGUUCCACAGGAGAUCAUCUCCCGUAUAGAUCAAUAUCUUGAAACUCGUCCUGCUGAUACCGCAGCUCCAGUACCCUUACCAGCUGAAGAUGUGGACGAACUAAACACACCAGAAUGGCUUGAUGACUGGUAAAAAGGUCCGGUUUCAACUGAUAUUUGGUUCAAACAUGAUCAUCUGUUGGUAUAAAUCUUGUAAGCAGACAGUAUUGAUUUUCAAUUCUUUUUUCAAACUUCUGUACAUAGGCAUAUUACAAUAUAUGUGUGUUUAUGCAUCAGAGUUUUGCUUUUGAAUCAUCUCAUACUUCUGAAAACUUGGAUUCUUGAAUAUUGUUAAUGUAUUAAUAUGGAUUUUUCAUGUUUUUA